AGACCAAACAACUUUUCCAGACUGAGCGAGCGACUCCACACCUCGACUCGUCCAGCUGCGGCACGCCGUAAAGCGGAGAUUUAUUAGCAUUGUCGAAAAUACCGACCGAAACACGAUUACGAUAGAUUGCAAAGUAUUUACUUUUGAUUUGAACGUAUACGUUUCUAUUUUGGCACUUUUUAAUACAUAUAUAUAGAGUGAGAGAGAGAGCGAGGCAGAUUCUUCAGUUACGCCGUCUCGCUGAAAAUUGGGAUGAGGACUCUGUGGUUGUUGUUCCUAGUCGGGCUAGCCCCUGGAUUCAUAAGUGAGAAAAUGCUGGUCUCUUCCCAGUCGCUCGCCUUCGUGGGAGAUGACCUUUACAUAGAGAGUCAAACAUCAGGUGACCUCCCGAUAGAUGAUGAAGACGGGGACGACUUAGGAUCAGGAUCUGGAUCCGGGGACUAUGAAAAAGAAGAGGAGGAGACAGCGAUCCUCACCCCGAACAAGAGUGAAGAAAUGCUUCCAACCCAACCAACAGCAGACUCUCCACACGGUCAACCGACCAAAGCAGCUGACCCCCGCGAUCCACCGAACACAGUGAUGUCCAGUGAGACAACAGCGAUCAGUAUGGACACGAAGGACAAGGAGGUGGCAGGCAACGACCCAACGGCCGACUGGUUCACACAUGCUCCGAGUCCCAGCUCCACUUCCGAGGACAUCAAAGAAACCCCAGAAGACAACAGCCUGGAUAGGUGGGACGACUCCUCCGCCACCAAAGAUGGUGGAGACGCAGACACGAACGACAUUCUGACAAAUGAAAUUCUCGUGAGUCGAGGCAGCAGAAUGUUUGACUCUCCCGAUGAUGUGACGUCUGAGAGCAUGUGGGAGCGAACGGAGGUGCUGGCAGCAGUGAUAGCCUGCGUGGUGGUCGGCUUGCUUUGUGCCAUCUUCCUCCUUGUCCUGCUGGCCUACCGCAUGAAGAAGAAGGACGAAGGAAGCUAUGACCUGGGGGACACCAAACUUUCUUCAACAGCUUACCAGAAAGCACCAACCAAGGAGUUUUACGCCUGAACCAACCAAUAGAGACUGUGAAUA